AUGGCGCGUACCAAGCAGACUGCCCGUAAGUCUACCGGAGGAAAGGCUCCCCGCAAGGCUCUUGCCACCAAGGCCGCCCGUAAGUCCGCCCCCGCCACCGGAGGCGUCAAGAAGCCCCAUCGCUACAGGCCUGGAACCGUUGCUCUUCGUGAGAUCCGUCGCUACCAGAAGUCGACUGAGCUCCUUCUCCGCAAGCUUCCCUUCCAGCGUCUCGUGCGUGAGAUUGCCCAGGACUUCAAGUCGGAUCUCCGCUUCCAGACCUCUGCCAUCAUGGCCCUUCAGGAAGCCUCUGAGGCCUACCUUGUCGGUCUCUUUGAGGACACCAACUUGUGCGCUAUCCACGCCAAGCGUGUGACCAUCUUCCCCAAGGACAUCCAGCUUGCCCGCCGCAUCCGUGGCGAGCGCUCGUAA